GGGUUAUUGAAAUAUUUCUCCUUCUGCAGCCGCUGAUGCAUGUCUUACUUUCCCUGACUAUAUAGGAACAUAGUUUUAGCUUUCCUCUGUUGUGACUGAAGUAAAACGUGUGAUGUGGCGCCGAGCUAGCUAUCUUACUUCAGGUUCCAUCGUUGGGAAUGAUAAAUGGUUAGCUUAUAAACAGAAUUUUGACAACUUGUAGAUAGAAGUCACGGAUCUUCACAUUGUUCACAUGAAGAGAACUUUGAGCACACGCCGACGUCACCGUCAAUACAUGAUGAGACCAACUAAACUCAAUGUGAGACGCGUGGUCAUCUUCUUGGUCAUGGUCCUGGCCGUCGUCCGAAUCGGCUUCUGGUUCAACAGCCGAGGGGACGAACUUCGACUCAUAGAGCUCAUGGACGAGGACUACAACACUAAGAAGGUCUCAAUAGACAUGCAGAGCUCAAGCAUUGACGCCAAUUUCUUGGAGAGGAAAAGCGAACAGGAAGUUGAUUAUGAAUUCGAUGAAAGAAAUUCAGAAUUAGGCGACACGAAGAUUGCUCUCAAAACGAACAGCUCUGAGGAGUACUAUUACGAUGAAAGCGAAGAUAAAAUUGAUGAGGGAGAUCGAGGAGAGUGGUCGGUGGAGUCGAGAGAGGAGGGUCGAAGUAGUUUAAAAAACAAUACACCUCCUGUCGAUGUCGCUGCUUCGGUCACUGAAAACAUCGUGACGAAUAAAACAAACGACAUCCACAACAAGAGGAGAGUAAACGAAAGCGACGUCGAAUCCGACAGCGAUGGAGCUGAGUCGGUUUUAGAUGACAACGAGGUGAUCGGUGAAGACGGGGAAAUCAUCCAAGAUACCUUGGCAGAAGAACUUGCAGCUGUAGAAGGAGGAGGGGACCAGGUUGCUAUGGGAACCGCUGAGCAUGAUGAUGCUUAUCAAAUGCAACAUCACCAGGUGACAGCUCCACGUGGAGAUGUUGCACAGGAGAAUGAUGAUGAUUAUGAGAGUGUUGAUUACGAUGAUGACUAUGAGGACAGUGUUGACCAUGAAAAUAACGUUGAUCAUGACAUUGUUGACAACGAGAAUAACGUUGAUCGUGACAUUGUUGACCAUGGAAUAACGUUGAUCGUGACAUUGUUUACCAUCAGAAUAACGUUAAUCAUGACUUUGUUGACCAUCAGAAUAACGUUGAUCAUGACUUUGCUGACCAUCAGAAUAACGUUAAUCAUGACUUUGCUGACCAUCAGCAUAACGUUGAUCAUGACUUUGCUGACCAUCAGAAUAACGUUUAUCAUGACUCUGUUGACCAUCAGAAUAACGUUGAUCAUGACUUUGCUGACCAUGAGAAUAACGUUGAUCAUGACUCUGUUGACCAUGAGAAUAACGUUGAUCAUGACUCUGUUGACCAUGAGAAUAACGUUGAUCAUGAGAAUAACAUUGAUCGUGACAUUGUUGACCAUGGGAAUAACGUUGAUCGUGACAUUGUUGACCAUCAUAAUAACGGAAAGGACAAUGACGAGAACAGCGGAGGAAUGACAACGGAAAGGGUGGAGAGAGAUAGACCAAAAUGGUGUUGAGCUAAGUAAAGACGGCUCAGAUCUACACCCUUUGGACGACAACUCAAAACACGUUUCGGAAGGAAGGAAUGGAGAAGAGGAUAACAAGGCGACAGAGGAGAAGAAAGAAGAAGAGGAGAAGCAAGAAGAAGAGGAGGAGAAAGAGGAGAAGGAUGAUGAGAAGGAGGAGAAGGAGGAAGGGGAAACUAAUGACGACCAGCAAGAUAAAGAUCUACACUGAGGAGAAAAGAACCACAGAGAAAACACUACGACGCAACAGAUUUUUUUAAUUUUUAACAUGUAUAUUUGGCUGAAACAAGAACUUAUUUUAUCAAUGCAUAUGUUAUUAUUCUAUUGUAGAUGUAAUUGUUUAAGUAAAUGGCUUAUGUAAAUUGUGGAAUUUAAAUUGAAUUGAAUAUCAUGAUGAUGCGGGCCUUCAUUCACACUAUUGCUUGUAUACUGUGUACAUGUUGUAUAAUCGGUCUAGGUGAAGCUAGUUAUCACCAAGUCUCGGGGACUAUAAAAGCAAACAUACAUAAUCUUAUAUUCACGAAUAAUUGACAUUGCCCAUUGUGUGUAGGUAAACAUCGUAUCCUACACUAUACCAACAUAUGCAUUUUACACAGUGGCGUUUCUAGGGUUAAUGGCGACCAGGGCAAGCAAUACCAUAUUUGCGCCCCCCCCCCCCUCCUCCCUCUCACCUAAAUGUAUGUAUGUUCCUUAAAAGCGAGGGAGCAAAGCGAACAAAUGAUGUAUCUUUUGCAUUUUUAACCGUCAAAAAUACAUACAUUUAUGCUUUUAAUUCAGGAAAAUUUGCAAGGGAGGAUUGCAGUCGAGCGAAACAGUGAUAACAUUGAUAAACGGCUUCACUUUUUCCUCAAGGGGGUGCGAAUUAACCGAAACGAGGGCUAUUGUCAACCGACAGUGAAGACUUCUUUUAAAUGUUAAACAUUCGCAAAUUCUGUUUUCUACGCUUUAUCCUGCUAGGGGGCUAUAACAUGGAACAGCCUAAGGAAUUAUAUUAAAACAUUAAGUACGAGAUCCAGAAUCAACUUUAUGCGAGCUAGAGCGAAGCGAUCGAGCUUUAAUUAGCGAACAUUUCGCAUUUUACUUCCUCAUAAACUCAUAUCUAUAAUGCCAUUUACCCUACUCGUUGUUAGACCGGCACAUAAUAGUUACUAAAACCGAGUUGGACUGUCUAUGUGUUAAUAGGCUCUGUGGAUAAUUAGCCUUGAUUUUUAAAUAAAUUGUUCAACACUUACCCCCCCCCCCCCCCCUAAAUUCUGUUACUUGUAACAUUUUGAUUUUCCAUCUGUUUAAUGUAUGUAUGUGUUUAAAUGUAACUUGUUAAUGUUUGAAAAUGUGUCAAUAUAUUUGUCUGUAAUAUUCAAUUAUUUUGUAAACGUAAUUGAAAACGCGAAAAUUGUACUUUUUGGUCGAUUCAACAUUCCAUAAUAAAACCAACCUAGAUUGCGCCCUCUAUAGGCAUCCUUUUCUGAUUGAGGCACACAAGAUAUUCCGAACCUUUUUCUACAGAGCUAGCCUAUGAAACGAUUUCCGACCUUUUAUGAAAUUAUUCAAUAUAUUAACUGCUCAUACAGAUGUUGAAAUAAACUGUUGCUAAGUCGAAGAACUUCAAGCACGAAAACAAAACAUGUUCACGAAUGGGAAAUGACCAUUAUUCAAUUAAAUGCAUUUGAUGGUUGGUUUCAAUCUAGAAUGUUGAAUCGGCCAAACGGUACAAUUAUUUGGCGAAGAAAAAAAAAAUACCUCCCACUUAUUGCAACAUGAAUUAGUCAAACCAUUUUAGUAUCAUAAAAAUGCACUUAGUAACAAAUGAAAAGUUCUUAGGAAUCCAAGUUUGUUUGUUUGUGUUUUAAAUAUAUAUUUUUUUUUUUUGCGUUCAAUUUUUUCAGAUCAUCCCAUAUGAAAACUUGAUAUUUCAAGCCAGAUUUUUUUAAAUUAAUUUUAUGUGCUUUUGUAGACGAAGACGUUAUAGCAAUAACUUGUUUUAGAUAGUUCAUUUGUAUACAUCGAGUCAAUUACCUGUAUGCGUUUGCAGAUUCAAGAUUAUCGUUAAUGGGAGGGGAUUACUCGCCGAAAUAUAGAGUUUUUCAUCCUUAAAAAAAAACCUAUAUUUUUUUUCUUUUCGAAAGAGGGUCAAUACCCGGUGUUUCUGGGUGCUAGAUGUUAUUGCUGUAUUAAAAUCAUAGAUAAAGGUAAUUACCUCCGUUUCUUGAAGGCUCUCGCGUUUGAUAAGAAUUUUCAAAAUAAUAUGUUUUACUUU